UUCUCCUCUCAGCCCUACACAAACCCACCUCCCAGAGCCAUGGCUUGCUGCGUCGCCCGCUGCUGCAGUGUCCCCUCUGGCCCCGCCACCACCAUCUGCUCCUCAGACAAGUCCUGCCGCUGCGGGGUCUGCCUGCCCAGCACCUGCCCUCACGAGAUCAACCUCCUGCAGCCCACCUGCUGCGACCCCUGCCCCCCACCCUGCUGCCAGCCUGAAGUCUACGUGCCCACCUGCUGGCUUCUCAACACUUGCCACCCAACUCCUGGCAUAAGUGGGAUCAAUGUGACCACCUUUGUUCAGCCCGGCUGUCAAAAUCCCUGUGAACCCUGCUGCUAAGUGGCCACACCUUGGUAGGACCUGGAUACAGCUGCUCCACAUCCUCCCCAUCACCUGGCUUUCCGCGCUUGCUGCUUCGCAGCCUGGAGCUAACCCAGUUCAAUGCCUAGGGCCAGCUGGCCACGAAUCAGCUGAACUUCCCAAUGCCCCGCCCCUCUGGGGACAGGUAGAGACUGCCUACCUUUUAGGCUAUUUCCCUGCUCUUUGAGAAAUAACCAUUUUGACUCUUCAUUAAUAAAUUUCAUUCUGGCU